GUUUCAGCUCCGCCCAUCUUUUCCCCACAUGUGCAAUUUUGUGCAUGCAUGCACGUAUGAUCAUGGCUGCUGCUUUGUUGGAGGAGACAUGGCAUGAGGAGCGUGUUUGUGGCGAGCUGGACCUCAGCCUCACUCUGACCACAGGGCAAGCCUUCAGAUGGCACAGCCUAGGAGGGGAUGAUGGGAUCACGUGGGUGGGGGCGGUGGGACAAUAUGUGUUUGCACUCAAGAGCCGAGACGACUCCACCCUCACUUAUCACACUCUCCAUACCCCACAAGACCACACCCAUACACCCUCACACACUCUCCGAGACUAUUUCCGACUAGAUACUGACCUUUCUGAACUUUGCACUUCGUGGGCCAACGCAGAUCCAAAUUUUAACUCCAAAGUCUCUCAAUAUAAAGGCGUACGUUUAUUGAGACAAGAUCCGCUCGAAAACGUCAUUUCCUUCAUUUGUUCCUCCAAUAAUAAUAUCGCGAGAAUAUCAGGAAUGUUGAAUUCUCUCUGUGAAAAUCUCGGGGAGCCGAUCUGUUGCUAUGGUGACCAUACCAUAUAUGGAUUUCCGACACUUGAUUCGUUAUGUGCUGACAAUAUGGAGUCUACUUUAAGAGACUUGGGGUUCGGAUACAGGUCAAAGUAUGUUGCCAUGGCUGCAAAAAGCAUCGUCGAGAAGGGUGGUGUGGAGUGGUUGCUUGGACUGAGAGAAAAACCAUACGCUGAGGUCGUGACCUCACUACGAACUCUGUCUGGGGUGGGUCCAAAGGUCGCGGACUGUGUAGCGAUGAUGUCAUGUGACAAGCUAGAGGCUGUACCAAUAGACACGCACGUGUGGAGUGUAGCUGUACGAGACUAUGGGCUAGCAAAAAAGAAUAAAUCUCUCACAGCGUCUGCCUAUAAAGAGAUAGGUGAUCACUUCCGCGAUUUGUUUGGGCCAAUGGCAGGAUGGGCUAUUGCUGUGCUGUUUGUCGCUGAUUUAGAUAGAAGUGGGAGGUACAAAGGUGAGAGUAUACAGAGUCCAAAGGGCAGCAAAGGAAAAAGAAAAAGAAAAGAUCAGCAGUCUUUGAAAUCUGCUAAGAAACGAAAAACUUAAUUAAUUUUAGUUGUAUCGUGUGCUAAUUGUCCGAUAUUUAAUCAUUGCUGUUCCAUCCAUAUUAAUCCAUCAUCAAUUAA